AUGCAACCUCCCGAGAAUGAAAACGACGCUGGUCCGGCUCGACCCUUUUGGGUCUUCGACACUCAACAAAUUCAAAGUGCAGAUGCCUUCAAUUGUUGCAUGGUCAUGGCUGCCGCUGGUGUCCUUUGUGCUGCUGGAGGCAUUGGUGGUGGUGGAAUCUAUGUCACGGUGCUCAUGGUGGCGGGUGGCCUAAGGGUACGAGAUGCAGUGCCGCUGUCGAAGUCGGUGGUCUUCAUCGGAUCGAUUGCAUCGCUCUUCCUGAACCUGAGGAAGGCCAGCUCCACCAGAGAUUCCUUGAUCGAUUACAAUGUGUGCCGAUUGGUGGUGCCGGGGGCAUUGGUCGGAACGUAUAUCGGUGUGAUUCUGAACUCCAUUGUGCCGGGUUGGGCGGUAUUGCUGGCUCUAGUUGGCAUCCUCAUCGCAAUCUCCUACAUGAUCCUUCAAACCACCUGGCAGCAGUACGCAGAGGAAGAGCAUAUCCGACGCCUACCGCAGUUACCCAAGUCCCACUUCGAAGGCCGUGAUGCCAAAGAGGUGCCAGAAGUGACGGCGGUAUGGAAGUCACAAGAAGUGCAGGAAUAUACAACCACCGACCUUCUCCUGUCCUUUGUCAUGCUUUUUGUAGUGGUCAGUGGAAGCGCCUUUCGUCACCAUGCCCUCAAGUGUCAGGAGGCUGUGGAUGUGGAGACGCGGCUGAAGGCAUGUCAUCAUCCCAGCCUUUUCUGGCUGAGCGGAGACACCUUGAGUGAUUGGAUGCAGACGCCCAGCACUGCAGCCUUCAUCAAGGCCCGGACGCAGAUUGAUGGCCCACCCACGUUGGAAAGAGGUCCCAACACGUCCCAAGAUCGCAAGCUGUUGCAGGUGUUCUUCUUCAUUGGGCCCUUGAUCUUUUGCAUCACCAUCCUCGCGGGCGUGGCAACGACCUUGGUGAAGGCCAAUUGGUCUCCCGCUUUGACUCUGAAGUUCUCACUCAUGAGUGUCACCACCGGCUGCCUCGCCGGCUUUGUGGGCAUCGGUGGAGGAUUGAUCUUCUCACCUUACUUCCUUCUCAUGGGCUUGGACCCUGCCGUGGCGGUCGCCACCUCCAGCACUUGUGUGAUCUACACCUCCUCGUCGACCACCUUCCAAUACUUGUUGACGGAUCGCAUCAUCAUGUCCUUGAUGCUCUUGUAUGGCUUGGUGAACUGGGUCUCGUCCUAUGCAGGCACCUCGACCGUGCACUACCUACAGGACCAGUUGAGCACCCGGAAGUCCUUCAUCUCAGGGAUUGUCUCCUUGGGUGUGGUCAUCAGCACCUUGUUGGCCCUCCGCGAGCUCAUCUACGAGGUGCGAGUGUUGUGGAUCGCCUUUGUGACCCAUGAGCCGCAGCCGAACUUGACGUCCACGCCCUUCAUCCUGAAGGUCCUCUCGGAGGAUUUGAACAGCGAGAAGGCGGCGCAGGAGGCCGAGAAGCGUGGAGUGGCACUGGAGUAUGUGACCGUGAGCACCCAGGCGACGGAUCUGGAAGAGUACCUCAAGAAGGACCAAGCCGCUGCCUUAAGCCGUGGAGCGGUCGAAGAUUGCUGGGAUGAUGUGCUGGGAUUCCUGUGA